AUGGGCACUGUGGCUCCGUGCCCUGAGGGAGGCGGAAGCUUCUCUGCGUUAUGGGCAAGCGGAGAGGACUCGAUCUUCUCCAAAUCUCCAAGCGAGAGAGGCGACAACGUGGAAUCGGAUUUGCGAUGGGCAGCGCUGCAGAAGCUUCCGACCAUGGACAGGGCGAGGAUGGGAAUUCUGAAUGCUGAGGAUGGGAAGCUGAAGGAGAUCGAUGUCAAGAACCUCAGCUAUCAGGAUAUGAGAAAGCUGCUUGAGAGACUGGUGAAAGUUGUAGAAGAAAGCAAUGAGAAGUUUCUUCUUAAGAUCAAGGAAAGAUUCGAUAGAGUUGGAAUUCAUUAUCCAACAAUCGAAGUCCGGUAUGAGCUUCUAAAUGUUGAGGCUCAAGUAUAUGUGGGGAGAAGAAACUUGCCUUCCUUUUUCAAUUCAAUUCUUAACACAGUUGAGUUCUUAGCCAACUACCUUCAUAUAAUUCCAAGCAAGAAGAGACCAUUCACCAUACUUCACGAUGUUAGUGGAAUCGUCAGGCCUCACAGGUUGACACUGCUUUUAGGGCCCCCGAGUUCAGGGAAGACUACAUUAUUCUUGGCUCUAACUGGGAAGCUAGGCUCGGAUCUUAAGGUUUCUGGAAAUGUGACAUAUAAUG